AUGAAGCUCAAUAUCAUUGCUCUCACUUCACUCUUGGCCCUCGUUGUCGCUGAGGACGCCUCCUCUACCACCACUGCUGCUGCCACUGCCACCACCAGCUUGUCUCCUGAAGCCUCUUGCGCUGCGAACUGCGGUGCUGCCGACCGUUGUUGCCGGGCUCUAUGCUUCAGGGUCCCCUGCCCCAGCGAGCAGCAAGCCAAUGACACCGUCAGCUGCGUGGCGGCCUGCCCUCAGGGUAACGGCUCUCCUGCGGACACUGAGGCCUACGCCCAGUGCCAGGCUAGCUGCUACAGCACUCACUACUUCCCUGCAACUGCCACCCUGGCUGAGAGCUCUUCUUCUACCAGCUCUGGCUCGUCCUCGGCUACCACCACCGGCAGCUCGGACAACUCUGACUCUGAGCUAAUUCAGCUAGACUCCUCGAGCUCAAACUCGUCCAGCUCCGGAACGGCUACCGGUUCUGGUUCCUCUGCCACUCACACUGGUGCUGCCUCCAUCACCGCCCUCAAGUUCAGUGUCUCCGCUCUCGGUCUGGGGGGAUUCUUCCUGGCUGCCUGGGCUCUGUAA